CACAGUGCACAUCCCCUGCGAUCAUUCAGACACACAUAGCCUGUAGGUCUGCUGACAUGCUUCAGAGCAACUUACACGAAACUCCUAAUUGUCAUUUUAUCUCUGAAUACCAGAACAGGCUGGAUGCAGCUUGACAAUUUGCUGAAGAUUGCAGAUAACUUUCAGAUAUCUCAGUGUGCCACAACAGGAAAUGAGAGAAAGAGCGCCAGUGUAACUUAAGUGAAACCUGCGUCGAUGGAGCUUCAACCCGUCCAUGCUCCUGGGCUGUCUGUGAACUGAGGCCAUGGAGAGCCCGUCCUCCACAGUGAGGCGGCGAGCCUGGAUCAACAGCAGUCGACAGUGGCCCACAUUGGAGGAACUGGACCCUGAUGGACCACUGUGUAACCUCCCCUCUGCCUCUACAGCUGACGACGAUGUCUUCUCAGAGGGAUGCGUCACAGGAAAGAUUGAGAACUGGCUCCAGGGUUGUGGGUUGGAGGGAUGCUCAGUGAACGCUGGGCAGCUGAGUUUUGAGUCGGUGCUGAAAACAAACAUUUCUGAUGAUGACCUAAGCCUUGGUGCUGACGCUUGUGCGUUAAAUGGUGGAGCCAUUACGCCUGGAAUUGGCCUCACAAGGCAACCUUCCAUCAAACAGCGCCCCAUCAGACUCAGCAGCACCCCUCGUCAGGCACUAUGUCUGCCGACAUUGAACUUGGGCCACAGCAUGGCCUCCAGCUGUUUCUCCAACUCCACCUGUAAAACUGUAUCAAGUGUAUCUGAGGUGCUGCAGAUGUGUUCAGAGGAUGCAGAGGAGACUCUGUAUGAGCUGGGUUUUGGCUAUGAUGAGCCACAGGUCACUGUGCGUAUUCCUCCCCGCUUCUUCACCUUCCCCUCUCAGGCUCGGGGGAUCAACUUCCGUCUUUUUCUAGAUUCACAGCUGCGGCGGAUACGAGAGGAGGAUCCUAGCCUGUCUCUCGCUAGUCGUUUCAGACAAGUUCAAGUGCUCACCGCAAUGGCCAAUGCUUUCUACUCCCUCUACUCCCAUGUGUCUCGCACCCCUCUCCAGAAACUGGCCACACCAGAAUUCACCUUUUCCUCAUCUCCUGUGGAAAAGAUUGAACGCUUCAGGAGCUGCAUCCGCAGCGAGCCACGCUCUCCUGUGGAGAGACUGAAGGACACCGUCUCCAAGAUGUGCCUCUACACAGGGUCUCCUCGUGGAUCAGACUCCACCUCGCCACAGCCCUCACCUAGGAAAAGGUCAAGUCUACCUGACGUUGUAGGUAUAGUGCUGGAUAAGGCCAAGACCGGGCCCGCCAAGAAACUGGAUUUGGGGGUAAAUAAUCAGGGCAAUUCAGCUGCGGAUGUGAGGCAGGUUACGGAUGUUGAUACGUCCUGUAACGGUGGUCAAGAACAGCAAACAGAGCAGACUGUGGAGGGCACAGACAGUCUUCAAAAUGGAAAUAAAAGCUGUCAUGAGGAGAUGCAGGACAGUAAACAAACAGAUAAUGAUGAUGAUAAAAAAAUCAUCAAACCAACAGACUCUGAAAGCAUGACUAACAGUUCGAGAACAUCUCUAGCGUCAUCAUUAUCAGGAGAAACUGUGAUAGAAACAGAUCAUCAGUUUCUUUCAUGUCAGCCUGAGCUGGACUCAUGUUUGCCUCAAAGUGACACAAGGACAGCUGAUCUAAAACCAGUUGCCAAGGUUACGUUUGACCUAAUCUGUCCGCAGAUAGUGGAGAGUGUACACCAGGCGCCUUUCUGCCAUCAGCAUGCACACACUGUGAAAACAAACACGUUACAUCAUAGCUCCUGUGAGACAGAAGGCAUAGAUAGAUCAUGUUCUGUAUCACAGAGACCUCAUGUCCAAAACAUGACUCAAACAAAUGUCUCUGAGCCUGACAAGGACUCAUACACAGGCUCAGGUGAUGCUGCCUCUUCAGGGGAAGCCACACAGGUGGAUGUAUCCAGAUCACUUCCUGUCCUUGACCCUAAUGGUAGCUACACCCAUUACUGCAUCACUGUGACUGGCUGGGAAAGUGACAAAGUCUCUUCCUGUUCCUUGAACACACCACAUUCCAGUCAUACUUCAAAUGUCAAGCGUGUUCAGACUGGUGAGGAGUCCUUUAGCAAAAACCAGUAUCUCAACCCACUGACUCCUCAGGCCCUGGGGCACAACUCCAAUAACCUACAACAGGUUAACUCCUUUGAGCUGGAGGAGGUGCAUAGUGCAGGAGAGGAAGAUUAUGGACAAUCAGAAACUACAAGGAUAACAACCUCUCCAUUGGCCACAAAACAUCAAUAUAAAGGUGCAGUGGCCCGGGGUGACAGUAUUCAGUCAGACAGCAGUGGCUACGCAGAUGAAGAAGUCAGCCCUGUGUUAGACAGACAUCACAGAUGACAGGAAACCUGGAAAUCCAUGAAAACAAACAUUGAAGGGAUGUUUGUCACCAGCAGACUUGAAGACAAGAAUUUCCUAUAAAAUAUUUGGAAAGUGUUUACAUUUAAAAGUGACUACAUUUAAAGGUUGUGUAAGACCUGGUCCCAUGUGAAGGUUUCAGAGGCCCUGCACUGAAGUAGAAUUUUUUCUAUGAGAAAA